CUACAGUUCUACUUGAGUUUCCAGGUGUGUUUCUUGUUUACUACUCUUUUUCUAGAAAAUCAAACUGUAGAUUGUAGGACCAAGAACUGUGAUUGCCUGACAUGCUUGAAUUAGAAUAGGGUGAGGGAUGCCUUGUCUAUGAUUGACUAUGGCUAUUGUGUGUGUGUUGCCCGGGUGAUUAAAUUGGUCGUUUGUGGUUGCUUCUUGCAUUGAUUACGGUUGAGUUGCUUGCAAUUCAACCGGUUAUGCUUAACCUGCUAGCCUAGGUGAUCCUUAAGUGUGGGGGAAGCAAUGAACCCAUAAUGUUGGUCCUGACAAGUUUUUCUUGGCUCCACCUUUGGUUUGCUGAUUGUGGAAUAGCAUGUCGCUUGACCAUCCAUUUUUGCAGGACCUGAGCCUGCACCGGGAUUACGCGGACCAGUUCCGCAAGGUCAUCCGGGGGAAACUGGAGAGCCACCACCAUUUGGAGUGGGCAGUUUUCGAGCAGCUCCACUGCAUACAGAAGCUCUCCUCCGCCACCAGCCACCGGGAUUGGCGGACUUUGCUGACGAUCGAGGAGCCCACCUACACCGAACUGGUGUGGGAAUUCUACACCACGUUCCAGUACCGCCCCAAGGCAGCCCGGGACUCCUACGCGGUCACAUUCAGGCUGGGUGGCCGCCCAUGGCAGCUGACUAUAGACGCCAUGGGGAUCGAGUACCACCCAUUCUCACGCCACGAGGUCGAGGUCCCGAACCCGACAGACUGGAACAUGGAUGAGUUCUACCGGCGGAUAGCCCGGCGCGCCUGUGGGUUCGACUACUUCGACGCCGGCCAGACAUCUGUUCGCACCCUGAAGCUGCAGUGGCCCAUUCUGAACCUGCUCAUCACCCGAUCCAUCGUCCCCAAUGUCACUGGCUCCCACAAGAUCCCGAAGCGGGUACUGUACGCCAUGUACUCGAUGGGGUACCCGGAUCACAUGCUGCAUUUGGGUUCCUUCGUGGCUACCACCUUCUCUCGAUGCCACGGGAAGUUGAACUAUCUCUUUUGUGGUCCCCUGAUCACUCGCUUGGCGCGCCAUUUCGACAUCAGCUUCGAUGACCUCACCGAUUCUAUUUUCCGGGGUGGCUCCACCCCCCUCAGCCAGGACGUGCUUCACAAUGCACUCCUCCUGGCCACUGAUGGCACCCGUUCCUGGGUGGAUGGGCUCUCCAUGCCCCCUGAGGAGGAUGCAGACCUCGAUGAGUACGAGGAGAUUGUUGAUUACACUGAUGAGGAGGAGGAUGAUGAUGAUGAUGAUGGCGGGGCCAUGGAUGCUGAUGAGCCAGAGCCCCCACUCUCUCCACCAGGGGACCUUCGGCCACGACGGAGAUUAGAGAGAGGCGAGUCUUCCUCCAGUCCUUCUGGUCCGUCGAUGGCUUCUGGCCAGUCGAUGGAAUUUUUCACAAAGCAGUUCCAGCAGAUAGGGCUCCAGUUCCAGCAGCUCGGUCUUCAGAACCAGCAGCUCAUGGACCAUCAGGUCCAGUUUUACCAGCAGUAUUCAGACCACCAGGCCGAGUACUAGUCCAGGCUGACGGUCGACGACGAGCGCCUCGACCGGAUGGAGGCCCAGAUGGGAGUCACUGGUGCUCUCAUCGAGCGGGAGCGUGAUCGUGGCCGCCGAUUGAUGCAGUACUCGGAGCACCUGCUCCAAACUUGUCACCCACCGGAGGAGCACCACUGGACCACUCGGUGGGAUCACUCGCCACCGCGACCACCAUCAACACCACCAGUGGGGGCGACGAUCUCAUGGACCAGAUUGACUUCACCGAGCUCGAGUAGGCUGUGCUCGUAGCCCCAUUUUAUGUUGUUUUCCUUUCUGUCAGAAUGCAAACUGUCUUGUGUGUUGGUUUAUUUUAUUUUCUUUCUUUUGAUUUUGGAUGAUGUACUAUUGGGCUGACCAUUGGACCUAACAUACUGUGUUUGAGUUCUUUUGUUCCCUUUAGCUGUGUUGUGUCCCUUACUGGUCCUUCUCCAGUCCGCUUCACUCAGACUGGUCCCUUUCCAAUCUCAUGCAGUCCGUGCACACCGGUAACAUCGUUCCCCUUAUCCUUCCCUCUUCUCCAUUGAGGGUAAUGUCGAUCUUAAGUGUGGGGGGGAUGUUUCUCUUUUGACUGCGUUAGAUCUGUUUGUGUGCUUGGAGCGUAGUCCACUGUCCAAAUUUUUAAAUUUGAGGGCUCCAAGUACGUGUUUCCUUGCAAAUUGCCUGCUUAAUAUGCUUUGAAUUGACAGUCUCUAUAGCAAUGUGCAACCUAGGGAGGUAGUGUAGCACUAUGGAGGAUGUUGAAGUAUAAGAUUUUUCCUAUCUAGCUCUCUGCUGUGCCAGUUGAUUUUGUGAAUUAGUGGAGCUAAGACUGUUGAAUUCAUGUGGUAAUGGUGACUCUGAUUGGAUUGUGUUUUGGACUCGUGUAUCGAAUAGGGUGCUCAUGUGAAAAAUGAAAUGCAGUUGGUCCUCCAUGUCAACAUCAUUAAAUCUUAACCAUGGGGUAAGCCCAACGUGUGCGGCACCGUUCAUUGCAAAAAAUCGGGUUUUGGAAGAGAUUUUUGUGAUCCUUAGUGGGGUACUCCUACAAGGUGAAGCUAAGCCGUCUCUAGUACAAGUAAAACUUCCACCCAUUGAACGGUUUGCCUACUUGAGGAUGUGUUUUUAAGGGCACGGAUAGAGCUUCCGACCCCCCUUAAUUUCAUUGACCCUCCACACGAGUUGAGGAAAAGGAGUUAAAAGAAGUACUCUGGCGAGCUCCAGAUGUACAGAAAUUGCUCUUGCUCGACUAAUAAGGGUCGACCGUGCAAAAGACUGCAGUUGGAACCCCCGCUAAGUGAAUGAAAUGAGAAAAAAAAAAGAAAUAAAGUGAAAGUGAAAAA